AAUGGUCAACUUUUGCCCGCAGUGUGGCCAGAAGGUAGAGACGGCAUUUCAUUUCUGCCCGGUGUGCGGGAGCAGGCUGCCGAAGGAAGAUGAGGAGGAGCCGAUGCAACUCACCCCAGAUGCCUCUCUUGAAGCUCUGAAGGCCUCGAAGCAGGAUGAGACGUCUCCGGCAGCGAGAAAACCAGAGGCCUGGCCAUUUCCUGAGAGAGAACCAGCUUCCACCUCGGCCAAGGCGGAGGCUUGCAGCCCACAGGCUGCUCCCCCGAGGAUCACGGUGGCAUCCAAGGCCAAGCUCAGUCCCCGGCGCCUCAAGUCCAUCUCCGUGGUGCCUCUCCCAGAGGGCACGAUCCUGACCGACCAGAGCAGCAAGCAGUGGAGACUGGGGACACUUCUGCACCAGAGCACGUGCGGGCUGAUGUACGAAGCACAGUCAGCGUCUGGAGCCUGCCCUCAAAAGCAAAGCUACUCUCUCAAGCUUGUGAGUCCUGGCCUGUUCCAUGUCCGGCGCCCUGUGGUCUGCCUUCCCAGCACUGCUGUACCAAGGCGACAGGAGUGGGAGCGUGUAGCUCAGCUGAUCGGAAUGGCUGUCGAGCCUUACUAUGUCCUCCUAGUGGAGAAGUGGAAGAAGAUGCACUCGGUUCCCUUGCUGGGGAUCCCAAAUUGCAUUGGAUUUGGACUCCAUGGGAGUAACUACAGGUUUCUGGUGUUCCCUGCGCUGGGGCGAAGCCUUCAGUCGAUCCUGGACGAUGGCGCAAACAUACUGACUGAGAAACCAGUCUUCCAGAUCGCCAUCAGGGUGCUAGACGCCCUGGAGUACCUCCACGAGAAUGAGUACGUGCACGGGAACGUCACGGCCGAGAACAUCUACGUGAACCCAGCCGACCUCGCAGAGGUCACCCUGGUGGGCUACUGCUUGGCAUUCCGGUACUGCCCUGCAGGAAAGCACGUGGCUCAGCGCGAAGGCAGCAGGACUCCUCACGAGGGCACCAUCGAGUUCAUCAGCCUGGAUGGGCACCGAGGAGCGGGGCCAUCUCGCCGGAGUGACCUGCAGUCUCUGGGCUACUGCAUGGUGAAGUGGCUGUGUGGCUCCCUGCCCUGGACUGACGCGCCGGCUGACGUGCACAGGGCCUAGGAGCAGAAGGAGAGGUACAGCGCAGACGUGGCCGGGCUCCUGCGGGCGUGCUCCAGCCGAAACCCAGUGCCAGAUGCCCUGUUGAGCUACCUGCAGAGAGCAAUGGCCUUGGCCUUUGAGGAGAGGCCAGACUACGAGGCGCUGCGACAGCUCUUGGGGAAGCCGCUGGAGAUGAGGGGAGCUUCCGCUUAUGACUCAGUGGAUCUCAAGGUGGUGCCUUAGAUCUCAAGACGUUUGACUAAAAGUGUGAGAGGUUUGACGUGUGGGAAGGGCCCUGCGUGGGGGCAGCCAGCUCCUGCUGUCCUGACACCUCUGUUCCAGAACUCCGAGUGGGGGAUUGUUUUUAGAGCUUUUACAGUGAUUUUUAGAAAGCUGACACUUGAGCCAAUGCUACUGUGACCAUUAACCUGGUUUGGAACUACCCAGCAGUGCCGCGGGGAUACAGCCUGGGAAGGGGAAAGAAUCAGGGACUGUGAAUGUGACUCCUGCCUAGUAAACACUGUUUGUUUUGUAAUAAACUCCUUGGACAGAGCCCAGGCUGUUCCUAUGCUGA